AUGGCGGAUUGGAAGAAUCACCAAGGACACAGUAAGCUGAUGCUGUUGUUCAUGCUGCUGGGGACACUGUGGGAGACGGGGACAGGACAGAUCCAUUACUCUGUGCCAGAAGAGACCAACAAAGGCACCUUCGUGGGGAACAUCUCCAAGGACCUGGGAUUGGAGACCUGGGAGCUGGCGCAGCGCGGAGUCCGCAUCGUCUCCAGAGGUAGGACGCAGCUUUUCUCUCUCAACCCGCGGAGCGGCAGCCUGGUCACCGCGGACAGGAUCGAUCGGGAGGAGCUCUGCGCCCAGAGCCCCCGGUGUCUUGUAAAUAUUAACAUCCUAGUUGAGGAUAAGGGAAAGCUUUAUGGGAUAGAAAUAGAAAUAACUGAUAUUAACGACAAUAAUCCGAAAUUCCAUGUUGAAUAUCUGGAAGUGAAAAUUAAUGAAAUCGCCGCUCCUGGCGCGCGCUAUCCACUCCCAGAAGCUGCUGACGCGGAUGUGGGCGUGAACUCCCUGCAGAGCUACCAGCUCAGCCCCAACCACCACUUCUCUCUGGAUGUGCAAACCGGAGACGACGGAACCUUAAACCCAGAGCUGGUGCUGGAGCGAGCCCUGGACAGAGAGGAAGAGGCCAUUCACCACCUGGUCCUCACCGCCUCCGAUGGCGGCGACCCUCGCCGCUCCAGCACAGUGCGCAUCCAGGUGACAGUGUUGGAUACAAACGACAAUGCCCCGGUUUUUGCUCAGCCCAUGUACCGAGUCAAAGUCCUUGAGAAUGUGCCCCCGGGCACCCUGCUGCUUACAGUUAGAGCUAGUGACCCGGAUGAGGGAGCCAAUGGAAAAGUGGUGUAUAAAUUCCGCAAAAUUAAUGAAAAACAAUCUCCCUUAUUCCAUCUUGAUGAAGAUACUGGGGAAAUCUUUGUAGCAAAACCUCUAGAUUAUGAAGAAUGUUCUUCAUAUGAAAUGGAAAUACAAGCUGAGGACGUGGGGGCUCUUCUGGGUAGAACCAAAGUGCUAAUUAUGGUGGAAGAUGUCAAUGACAACAGACCGGAAGUGGCCAUUACCUCUCUGUUCAGCCCAGUGUUGGAAAAUUCUCUUCCUGGUACAGUAAUUGCUUUCUUGAAUGUGCAUGAUCGAGACUCGGGGAAGAAUGGUCAAGUUGUCUGUUCCAUUCAGGAAAAUCCGUCUUUUAAAUUAGAAAAGUCAAUCGAUAAUUAUUACAGGUUAGUGACAUGGAAAUAUUUGGACCGUGAAAAAGUCUCUACUUACAAUAUCACAGUGAUAGCCUCUGAUCUAGGAACACCACCUCUGUCUACUGAAACUUACAUUACCUUGAUUGUAGCAGACACUAAUGACAACCCUCCUACCUUCUCUCAUUCCUCCUACUCAGCCUAUAUCCCAGAAAAUAACUUGAGAGGUGCCUCUAUCUUCUCAUUGACUGCACAUGACCCUGACAGUCAGGAAAAUGCACAGGUCACUUAUUCCGUGACUGAGGACACAAUCCAAGGAGUGCCUCUGUCCUCCUAUAUCUCUAUUAACUCAGACACUGGUGUUCUGUAUGCUUUGCAAUCUUUUGACUAUGAGCAGAUCCAAGACUUUCAGUUACUGGUGAUUGCCAGUGACAGCGGAAACCCCCCACUUAGCAGCAAUGUGUCACUGAGCCUGUUUGUGCUAGACCAGAAUGAUAAUGUACCUGAGAUCUUGUACCCUGCCUUCCCUACAGAUGGCUCCACUGGUGUAGAACUUGCACCUCGCUCCUCAGAGCCUGGAUAUCUGGUAACCAAGGUGGUGGCAGUUGAUAAAGACUCAGGGCAAAAUGCCUGGUUGUCCUAUCGCCUGCUGAAGGCCAGCGAGCCAGGACUCUUUGUGGUGGGCCUGCACACGGGAGAGGUGCGAACAGCAAGGGCCCUGCUGGACAGAGAUGCACUGAAACAGAGCUUGGUGAUAGCUGUCCAGGACCACGGACAGCCUCCCCUCUCAGUCACCAUCACUCUCACUGUGGCUGUGGCUGACAGCAUUCCGGAAGUGUUGGCUGACUUGAGCAGUAUCAGGGUCCCGGAUGUCCCAGGUGGUUCAGACCUCACACUCCACCUGGUGGUGGCAGUGGCCAUUGUAUCCUGUGUUUUCCUAGCCUUUGUCAUUGCCCUGCUAGCACUCAGGCUUCAGCGCUGGCAGAAGUCUCGCCUACUCCAGGCUUCUGGAAGUGGACUAGUGGGUGUGCCCCCCUCACAUUUUAUGGGCAUUGAUGGGGUACAAACUUUUCUGAAGACCUAUUCCCAUGAGGUCUCCCUUACUUCAGGCUCCCAGACAAGCCACGUUAUCUUUCCUCAGCCCAACUAUGCAGACAUGCUCAUCAGCCAAGACAGCAGUGAGAAAACUGAUUCUUUGGUAACACCUAUAGAUUUUCAUGAAAGUAAAGGUGAAGCGGCUUGUGCACCGCAGAAAGAAGGAUCUUUUCAUGGACUGGAACUGGAAGUAAAGUCUGCUCGGCCUCGGAAUAUCGGCCAUACGGACCUCAUUCGUCAUCUGGAGUCUGCAGGCUGGUGA